AUGCAGCCGCGAGAGCGUGCUCGGCGUCACCUCGAGGCGCGCGACAGGAGCCGUGUUCCAGUACGGGCACGCCGCGUGCGUGUGUGCCGCCUCUCGCGCUGCAGCGGCCACGCUCUGGCCGCACAGUACAGGGGGCCGCGGUGCCUUCAAGAGCGGCGCGGUGGGGGCGCCUCGCCGCGCCGCCCGCGGUCGUUUAUAAAGGCGGGAGGCGCGCGCGCCGCCCCAGUACGAGUGGCGUGGGCGACGUCCGCCGCCGGCCCAGCCUCCCGCACCGCGCACGCACAGUGCCGGCCGGCGACGCUCCGCGACGCGACGCGCCGCCCCGCUACACGACCUCUCACUGACGACCGGCGCCCGACCCGCGCCGAAGGCUACGCGCUGAGCGACUACCACACCCGACUGAUACAGACGCAGCUACCAGCGGCGGCCGCGGAGGCAGCGUGCGUGCAGACACGGGAGAGACACGUGUGCAGAACUCCGUCCGUCCGAAUGGCGGAGGACACUUCUUCCGCGGCGGAGGCGCAGACGCCGCUACGGGCGGAAAGCGUGGAGGAGCGGUACCUGCGAAUCUGGAACCACGGUGAGUAG